CAAGCCAAAAUACAAUCAACAAAAAAUGGAGGAAAAAUGGGUUAGAGGAGCAAUUGUUAUGUUUGUUUUGGUAACUGGGUGGUGUUGUUCUUAUUGCUGUGGGUGUUUGGAGGAAGAGAGAAUUGCCCUCUUAAACCUCAAACAUUCAGUCCCUUCUCCAACUAGCAAUUUUCUAGCAUCUUGGGGAAGGCGUGGUGAUUGUUGUGAGUGGGUUGGGAUUGAAUGCAACAUCACAACAAAGAGAGUGAUUAAGCUCUCUCUUAAUGAUUCUAGGGUUAGGAACUCUGGGAGUUGGAAUCUGAAUUCUUCUUUGUUUUUGCCCUUUGAAGAGUUGAAGAGUCUUUUCUUGAUUGGAAAUUACAUUGUAGGCUUCAUAAAGAAUGAAGGUCUAGAAAGGUUGUCAAGCUUAAGCAAUUUGGAAGUUCUUGAUUUGAGCUAUAACCAAUUAAACAAUAGCAUCCUAUCAUCUUUGGCAAGUCUCUCCUCCUUAAAAGUGUUAAAUCUAGCAAGCAAUCAAAUGGAAGGAAGUCUCCAUAUUCCAGAAUUAUUUGCUUUAAAUGAGUUGAAGGAGCUGGAUUUAAGCUACAAUAAUGUGGAAAGUUUUAUGGCUCCCAAAGGUAUUGAUUGAAGUAGAAAGUAUGGUUAUGAUGAGGCCCUAUCAUUCUGCUCCUUUAAUCAACAAAUACCCUAAAAGAAUUAGAAACAUUGAUCCAUUACUUUCAUACUCAUAAAUUUUUUGAUGAAACAAUAAACCUUGUUGUAGGUAUUAAAAGACCAUUAGGCCUAAGUAAUUUGGAAGUGCUUCAUCUAUGGAGUAAUUCUUUUAAUAACACAACUUUGUCUUCCCUAAGAGGGCUUUCAUCUCUCAAGAGUCUUGAUUUGAGUAGGAACAAAUUAAAAGGAAUACUAAAUAUUAAAAGUAGAUCAAUUGUUUCACUUUUCUCUGUUUUCAUCUAUCAUUAAAUAUCCUUCUAAUGAAAUGCUGCUUCUUUUCCCUCACUUUUAUUUAACUAUUUGUAUAUUGUCUCCACUAGAAUUAGUUGCUCUAAACAAUUUGAAGGAGCUAGAUUUAAGCAAAAUGAAGUGGAAAGUUUUGUGGCUCCCAAAGGUGCACAUGAUCAAACUAGAAAGUUUGGUUAUAAUGAGGCCUAGUCAUUUUGUUCCUUUCAUCAAUAAAUCCCUAAAAGAAUUAGAACACUUAACCCAUUGGUUUCAUACUCAUAAAAUUUUUUUAUUGAACUGUAAUUUACUUAUACGUCAAUAGAGAAAAAUUUAGCUCAAGCUCAAGCAAAAUUUUUAAGGUUGUGUUUGCAUUGGCUACUAUUGAGCAUAGGCUACUAUUGAGCAUAGGCUACUAUUGAGCAUAUGCGCUUUUUAAAAGAUCACAAGUUUGAUACAAGAUCACAUCUUUGUAGCUUUGGAGCUUGUCUUGAUUCCCUCUUUUGCUUGUAAAUAUAAGAAGUUUGAGUAUGCUAGAAAUCCUAAGUCUAAGAUUCAACAAAAACACUUGUGGAAGCUGUCUAUUGCAAUCAAUUAGGGCAUUUCCUUCAAUUAAGACCUUUGACCUUA